GCCCCAUCUCCACCAAAACCACCACCGUCCGAGACAAGACAGUCUCCCUCUCGUCGCUCUCCUACCACAUCGCUCGACAUGGCUUCCAAGGCUGCUCACAAGAGGCUUACAAAGGAAUAUGUUGCUAUGCAGCGCGAGCCUCCUCCGUUCGUCUGGGCAGUGCCAGAUGAGAAGAACAUCCUGACUUGGAACUACAUCAUCCGCGGCCCACCCGACUCACCCUUCGCUGGCGGAGAGUAUCACGGUGUCCUCCUCUUUCCGUCCGAAUAUCCCUUCAAGCCUCCAGGUAUCAAGAUGAUGACUCCUUCAGGCCGCUUCCAACCAGACCGCAAGAUCUGCUUCUCCAUGUCCGACUUUCACCCAGGAACUUGGAAUCCAGCUUGGAGCGUCGCCACCAUGCAAGUCACGAUCUCUCGAUUGACCGGCCUGUUGUCGUUCAUGCUCUCCGACGAGAUGACCACCGGAUCAGUGACGACCAGUGAUGCGGAGAAGCGUGCUUAUGCGGCUCGUAGCCAUUCGUGGAAUAUCGAACAGCGGCGGUUCAGAGAGGCAUUCCCUGAUCACUGCACACCGACUCCGCGCGAUGUGCCAAACAUGGGUAUGAAGGAACGAGGAAAACCCUCCAAGCCCGAAGCGGAGCCGGCCCCUGCUUCUCCACGUACUGCUCCUAGCUCCCCUGUGUCUCCGUCGCUGACGGCGCAGACACCCACCACCCCUUCUUCGUCAACACCUGCGACACCGCUGCUCAACAGCCGCGAAUCCUCCAGCUCGCCGGAGAGCAAUGUGCCAGCACUGGGUACAGCCACCGGCGGCUGGACAACCUCAAUUCGGCAACUCGUUUGGGAGAAAUGGCGCUGGGGUGUUGUCCUCGUUUUGGCUGUGCUCGUCUCUCGUCUUUCCUCCAGCUAAAAGUUGGACUCUCAUGGACCAAGAAAGGGCUCUUUGAUGUUCUCAAUACCAAUUAAACACGUUCAUGACAUGGCCACAUAGGCUUUACAACUCUCCUUCGUAGGUUUCAUCUGGAUCUUCUCUCUAAAUCAGCACUGCACAAUCGUUACCACUCUUCCUAUCCAUUCUGUCUCGUGGGCUGUACCAGUACUAUCUUACAGACUAUCGUGUUCUGGGUGUGUAAUGUGUAAAAUAUCUUUUCUGAGACUGAAAUACAACUUGGCUGUUUUUGCGCACGGAAUUUCACAUGUACAGAGCCUCGACAUUGCUUGCUUCUCGCUUGUCGUCCCAGAGUUUCCCGAGCGGCGCAUCGACACCCUCUACGAGGUCCUUGACCGCAUCCCAGAUGACAUCACGGACGGCCUCCUCGGGCUCGUCCGCAUCGACGACCUCCCAGCGCCCGCCGGCGGCCUCGACCUGGUCGCCGAUGCGCACGAAGACGUCGCGGACGCGCCGCUGCACGUCCUCGCGCUCGUAGCGCUCCGCGCCGUACCCGCCGCGCCGCUGAGCCGCGUCCGCGGAGACGUCGAGGAAGAGCGUCACGUCGGGCGCGGGCAGGCCCGCGUCGGGCGUGCGGCACCAGUCGUACGCGAGCAGCGGGUACCCCUGCGAGCCCGGCCGCACCUUGCUCGCCGAGAAGGCGAGUCCCGAGAACGCGUACCGGUCGCAGACGACGGUCUCCCCCGCGCGCAGCGCCUGCUCGAUGGACGGCGCGAGCUCCCAGCGGUUGGCGGAGAAGAGCAGGUGGAUCGCGUGGUCGUCGAGCUCGCUCUCCGAGCGCAGGUACGCGUCGAUCAUCUUCCCGAUGGGCGUCGUCCGGUCGGGAAACCUGAUGAGCUUCGCCGAGACCUGCGCGUCCUGCAGUCGACGCAGCAGCGUCGCGGCCUGUGUGCUCUUGCCGGACCUGUCGAGCCCUUCGAUGACGAUGAAGGCACCGCGUUUUGGCAU